AUGGAUGUAAAUGCCAAAGCAGUCCAUCGCUAUGGAAUUAUCCCACUUCGAGACAAGCUAUUCUCCGAGGAAUCAAAACAGCGGACAUACUUCGACUCCGCCGAUUUUGCGCUGAAAUCGGAACACAGACCUUCCUCGAUUUAUAAUAAUGAUAUUGGAACUAAACAUCCGGAGCAUGCUCAUAUAUCUCACCCAUUUUGCGCUGUACCUGGUUCCAGUAAUCUCUCUCAACAUGCGAAUGAUGGGUGUCGCACUUCCAGUGAAUAUCAACAGUCUGAAAGUCUUCUACACGAGGACGGGAAAAAAGAGAGCAAAAGGCGUAAUUCACUAACAAUGACUUAA